AUGGGUGAGGAAAUAUGUUUUGAUUAUUUACAAAAAUCCUCUGAGAAUGAUGAGCUUGAAGCUAAUGGCAGUAGUAGUGUUUUAGUAACAGAAACAAAUGUAGAUGACAUUCCUAGUGGUUCAUCUUGUGAGGAUGAUAUUCCUAGUGGUAGUAGAGUUUAUUUUAUCCAACAAAAGUACUAUCCCCAAGAGAUUUUCUAA